CCCUUCUCCCGCAUAAAAAACAGCAACCCUUUCGCCCCCAUCCCCUUCCUCUCCUCUCUUUCGCCCCUCCAUCCCCUCCCUCGUCAAACAAGACAAUAUCAUCAAUACGCAUACAGAGACAUCAUCAAAUACUAAGAGGCAGCGAGAUAGUGUAAAUAAAAGAAAAGAAGGGAUAUUGGGGGGUGCGUGUGUUUGGAUUUGUGUUGCGAGAGAGAGGAAAAAGAGAGGCUCUGUGAUGAAUAAGGGGAAGAAGCCGCCGCAGAAGCAGCAGCGACCGUCGCCGUCUCAUUAAAUGCAUCACAAGACAUCAGAGGCUCAGAUCGGCAAGGAAAGCUUCGGUCUCUCCUCCGAUUUCAGCCGCUCCCCCAACCCUCUCCUCCCCCUCUAUCACCACCCCCACCACCCUCCUUCUUCUUUUCUCCAAAUCCACAUCCCUAAUAAUUCUAACCCUAACCCUAAUUCCGAUCCCCACCAUGCCCCCCACCUCCUCCCCUCCGCCCCCCACAAGCGCCCCGUCAUGAACGCCUCCCCCGCCGCCACCCGCCACCACCGCCGACCUUCUCCCUCCCCCGCCCCCGGCCGCCACAACCACCACGCCCGCCUACUCCCCCACUUCUCCGCGGCCGCCACGCGCUCCGCCCUUCGCCACCUCCUCCGCCGGCUCCACCUCCGCCUCCGCCUUCUCCUCCUUCUCUCCCUCCCCUUCCUCUACCUCCUCCUCUCCCCCUCCUCCGGCACUGCCGCCGGCCGGUCCCUCCUCCUUGACUUCCUCUCUGCCCUCGCCUUCUCCUCCGUCCUCCUCCUCCUCCUCGCCCUCUCCCUCAACGCCUUCCCCCUCCCUUCCCUCCGCCUCCUCCUCUCCCGUUCCUCCGCCUUCCUUCUCCCCCGCCACCACCUCCCCCGCCGCCAGUCCCCCUCCCCCGUCCUCUGGUCCAUCGGCUCCUCCGACGACAAGCCCAAGGCCGACCGCCGCCCGGCCUCGGGCCUUGGGGUCCAGGUCUACAGCAACGGGGACGUCUACGAGGGAGAGUUCCACCAGGGCAAGUGCUCGGGAAGCGGGGUAUACUACUACUACAUGAGCGGGAGGUAUGAGGGAGACUGGGUCGACGAGAAGUACGAUGGGUAUGGGGUAGAGACCUGGGCCCGGGGAAGCCGGUACAGGGGCCAGUACCGGCACGGUCUCCGCCAUGGGUUCGGGGUGUAUCGGUUCUACACGGGGGAUGUGUAUGCCGGGGAGUGGUCCAACGGGCAGAGCCAUGGUUGCGGAGUGCACACAUGCGAAGAUGGGAGCCGAUACGUCGGAGAGUUCAAGUGGGGGGUCAAGCAUGGGCUUGGACACUACCAUUUCAGGAAUGGUGACACCUAUGCUGGUGAGUACUUUGCGGACAAGAUGCAUGGAUUUGGUGUUUAUCGUUUUGCAAAUGGGCAUCGAUAUGAGGGAGCAUGGCAUGAGGGAAGAAGACAGGGUUUGGGAAUGUACACAUUCAGAAAUGGGGAAACACAAUCCGGUCAUUGGCAGAAUGGUGUACUCGAUACUUUGAGCACCCAGAACAGCGUUAGUGGAUCACCAAUUGCUGUAAACCAUUCCAGAGUACUCAAUGCAGUUCAGGAAGCACGAAGAGCAGCAGAGAGAGCUUAUGAUGUGCCGAGGGUUGAUGAUAGGGUGAACAAGGCUGUCGCAGCAGCCAACAAAGCAGCCAAUGCAGCUAGAGUUGCAGCAGUGAAAGCUGUUCAAAAGCGAAUCUCUAAUAAUGGUGAGGACAUACCAAUCCCAAUUGUGUGAGACAUUUGCUUUCUUGAUGUUAGGUUGGUUUUGCUUUGGCUCGAGGGCAGCAUUGAAGUGUUCGCGCACAGCAAAUUAGGGGAGCAUACAUGCGAGCAUCAAAAGAAAUUUAUCAGCAUCCCUGCAAUAUGUUGUUUUGAGCUUUUCAGUCUUUUUAAUCUUUUUUCUUGGAGAGUUUGCUUUACUCGAUUCCUGCUUUCGGUUACUUUCAGUUGUCGAAGAUGACUGAUGGAGAAGGGCAGGUUUCUUUCUAUCUAUCUCUCUCUUUCUUUUUUUUGCGCUUUAUGAAUAUCUGAAUAUGAUGAGUGCGGUCCACCUGUGCGGAACUAGUUCUGUAUCUUUAUCUUUGUAUAUGGCUGCUGUAAAGUACCGGUUCCAGGUUAAACCCCAUACCAGCGAAUUGUUUUGGCCAUGGUGAUAAAAUUUCCUGAUAAAUGAAUAAGAGCAUUUUGCUUGUGGGUGAA